CUCUACAAAAACAGCAAGUGAUCUUAAUCACUGAGCCAUCCAUCUCUCCAGUUCCAGCAAUAGGGUCUUAUGAUCAAAUUAUGGAGUGUUUGCAUAAAACAUGUGGAGCAGCAAUAGCCUAUAAUGUGUGAAAAUCUAUGGGACCCCUCUAGCCCACAAGAAAAGGGGAUGUGUUGGUUGCUAAGAACUAGGAGAUAGUUACCAUAGAUUGCUAGAACCUUGACAAGCCAUUGUUAGAACAUUGCCUACCCUUUAAGUGGACAGCUGGGCUGUGCUAAUCUAUCCAGAAGGCUAAAACGCUCAAGGAAUCUUUCUAAAACUCAACACAGCUAACAUUUUCAGCCCAAAACUCAACUUGUUAUCAGAUAAAUAACUUAGCAUCUCAAGAUCCAAGCUGAAUCAUGUUCCGACUUUUGACUGCCUGCUGGUCUCGUCAAAAGACCACAGAAGCAAAGCAAAGGAAUGUGACUAUCAUUGUCAUUGGCUUGGACAACUCAGGCAAAAGUCAUCUUGUGGAGGCCCUUCAGAGAUUAAUUCCUAGCAAGAUGCACAGCAAUACGAAGCCAACACAGAUUAGACUUCUACUAGAUGAUUAUCAAGUAUCUGUCUAUGACCUCAAUGGAGACUUAAAAGGCCGAGAGAAAUGGCCGAACUACUAUGCUGACGCACACGGGCUUGUUUUCGUCCUGGAUUCUAGUGACACAGCACGCAUACAGGAAGUGAAGAUCAUCUUAACACGCCUGAUGUUUGAUAAAAGGGUAUCAGGGAAGCCCAUCUUAAUCCUGGCAAACAAACAAGACAAGAAGGAAGCCCUCUUGCCUUGCGAUAUCAUCGAAUAUCUACUUCUGGAAAGGCUAGUGAAUGAGACUAAGUCCAUGUGCCGUGUGGAGCCAUGUUCAACUAUGAAAAACCUCCCAAAGAGGCACCAACAGCCAAUAAUUAUAGGGCUGCGCUGGCUGUUAGCUGCUAUUGGGGAUCAAUACGAUGAGUUGCAUACUCGACAACAAACACCCAGUAUGAGCAUCUCAACCUCCAAGAACAUCAGAGGCUGUGGAGAGAGAUGCUCAUCGGACAGCAUAGCUAACAGAGGGGGAAUGCUCAAGGACAACAGACAGCGCGUUCAUAAAAGACAACACCUGGAACAUAGACAGCAUGUUGAACAAAGACACUUUGAGAAAAGGCAGCAUUUUGAAUCAAGACAACAUUUAAUACAGCGCUCACUGGAUGCUAGGCCCCUAAAGCCAAUCCUACAGAAAGAUGGUCUGCGAAUAAGGCCCAAAAAGAAUAUGUCAGUAACAUUUGCUUUGGACGUAAUCAUGGAGGAAGGUGAAUGUUCUCGGAAGAUUGGAACUCAGAGUAUCGCUAAACCUUGCAACAGCCAAAGUUAUGAGACACAGACUGCAGCUCCAUCUAUUGAUAACAAUCUUUUCAAAGCUCGUAGGCCAAAAAAGAGAAUAGAUACCUGGGAUACUGAAGAAAUGUUACUGGAAGAUCCCCAUGGCGAAGCCUUCCGUUCCUGCAACUUAACAGACUACUAAAGAGGAAACAGAGGGAUAGCAAAAGAAUCAUUCCUUCUAUCACCUUUCAGUAAAUGGGCACACCUCCAGAACCAGCAGGAACACUCGUCUUUGACUUUUAUUUGAUAAUGCCUCUACAGCCCACGUACAAGUUCACCUAUUCUAAGAUCACGUCCUUGAGAACCACUGUUUUUCCACACCAGUGCGGUAGCCAGCGAAUUCAUCCUAUACUCAUCGGGAGGCUCAGGAAGUUGUGUCGUCCACCUCACCAAAGAAGAGCAGAGCCAUGUACUAAGAUAUUCCGGACAAAGCUUACAGAUAAGAUGUUGUGAACAACUGAAAUUGAGCCUUAGAAGAACAGGGUUACUUUAGAAUCACACAUUUGCCUUUAAGGUUCUCAGGUAUAAAGGGACUGGCAAAAUAAAUAAGAAUGGUG